AUGCGAAUUGAGAAGUGUUGGUUCUGCUCGUCAAGCAUAUAUCAGGGGCAUGGAAGUGUGUAUGUGAGGAACGACUCGAAGGUGUUUCGUUUCUGUAGGUCGAAGUGCAGGAAACUAUUUGAGAGGCGAGUGAAUCCGAGGAAGGUGAGGUGGACGAAGAUCUCAAGGAAGGUGAUGUGUAAGGAGUUGUGCAACGACCGUGUGCUUGAGUUUGAGCACAGACCUGCAGAGCUGAGAAUAUAUGAUCGUGAAGGACUGGAGAAGACACUGGCGGCAAUGCCGAAGAUAGCAGCAGUGAGGAAGCGCAGAGAGGACUACUUUAUCAAGGACAGGAUACUGAGUGGACAGGAGGUAAACAAACAGAGCGAUCUGGAGUAUAUUGAGAGGCACAAGCAGCUACUGUGUGAAGAGACAGAUGGCGAAAGAGAAGCAUUCAGUAAUGUGAAGAAGAAGGCGGCACAGAUGAACUAA